UAUGGGGUGGCGAUGGAUUUUAGUAUGUAAUGUGAAUGUGAAUUCUCUGGUUGUGUCUGGAUUUACUAGUGUAGUUUGCUUGCUUGUUCUUUUCAGUUUUCAGGUGUAACCAAAAAAAGAGUCUAUUCAUUUUAAACUACACAAUUUCUAUUGCUGCGGGUCCUACAUGGAUAUAGCUCUUUAGAAUCUUAUGAGGCCACUUGGAAUCCUUGUCAUUUUUAGAAACUUGUGGUAAAAACAAAAUUUUCCAAAACCUUUUUUCAACGCCCUUUCGUUUCAAUGAAUAACAUCUUUUCAUCAUUUUAAAACUUAACAAGCAUAUAUUUAAUGCCAAUGUACUGGCACAAGCAUAGGCAGUUAGUUCCAUCAUUCUAUUUCAUUCAACAAAGGUUAUAGUACUGGCUAUUCUAUGUGAUUAGAUAAAAACUUGUCCACAAAACUUCCAUGGAGAAGAAAAUUCACAUUGCAGUUGUUCCUAGUAUUGGGUUCAGCCAUUUAGCUCCUAUUCUUCAGUUCUCCAAGCGACUUGUUCACCUCCAUCCACACUUUCAUGUCACAUGCCUCAUUCCCUCACUUGGGUCUCCCCCACUUGCCUCACAAACCAUCCUUCAAAACCUUCCACCAAACAUCACCUACACAUUCCUUCCACCGGUUAACCCCAACGACCUACCACAAGGGAUUGACAUUGUAAUCCAAAUUCAGCUUACUUUGACUCACUCUCUGCCAUCUAUACACCAAGCCUUAAACUCCUUAACUAUAAGGAUACCCCAUGUCGCCUUGGUGGUUGAUUCUUUAGCCCUUGUAGCACUAGAUUUUGCUCAAGAGUUUAACAUGUUGUCCUAUGUUUACUUCCCUGCAGCAGCUACCACACUCUCUCUGCACUUCUAUGUGCCCAAAUUGGAUAAGGAAACAUCAUGUGAGUAUCGAGAUUUACCAGACCCUAUUCAAAUACCAGGUUGUGUACCACUUCAUGGUAAAGAUCUCUACACCCCAGCUCAAGAACGUUCUGGUCAAACUUACCAAUCCUUGCUACAACGCAUUAAUCGAUAUUGUUCUGUUGAUGGGGUUUUUGUUAACAGCUUUCUAGAAUUGGAAACAGGGCCUAUAAGAGCACUGACUGAGGAGGGAAGAGGAUACCCUCCUGUGUACCCUGUUGGACCUAUUAUCCAAGCAGGAGCAAAAUCUAGUGAUGAUGAUGAUGCAAAUAGGUUAAAAUUGAAGUGUCUAGCAUGGUUGGACUUACAGCAACCUUGUUCUGUUUUGUAUGUUUCGUUUGGGAGUGGUGGAACACUGUCACUAGAGCAAACUCUUGAGCUGGCUUUGGGUUUGGAGUUGAGUAAUCAUAAGUUCUUAUGGGUUGUAAGAGCACCAAGUAGUUCGGCCAGUGGUGCGUAUCUUUCAGCUCAAAAUGAUGAUGACCCUUUGCAAUUUUUACCUUCUGGGUUCUUGGAGAGAACAAAGGAGCAAGGUUUGGUUAUUCCUUCAUGGGCACCCCAGAUUGAAAUUCUCAGUCACGGUUCAGUUGGUGGGUUCUUGAGUCACUGUGGCUGGAACUCAACCCUUGAAAGUGUGGUCCAUGGUGUGCCAUUAAUCACAUGGCCUUUGUUUGCUGAGCAGAGGAUGAAUGCUGUUUUGCUAUGUGAUGGCCUCAAAGUGGGACUGAGGCCACGAGUUGGUGAAAAUGGCUUGGUGGAAAGGGUGGAAGUUGCUGAGGUGGUGAAGUGUCUUAUGGAGAGGGAAGAAGGUGGGAAAUUGCACAGAAGAAUGAAGGAGUUAAAAGAAGCUGCUAGUAAUGCACUCAAAGAAGAUGGAUCUUCUACAAAGACUCUUUCUCAAUUAAUACUCAAGUGGAAAAAAUUGGUAUAGGAAAACAAAUUUUAUGAGACCCUUUAGCCAGAACCAAUGCCUUGUUACCUUUUGCAUGCUUUUAUGGCAUAGUAAUUUGACAGUUGACUUCAGUGGGGUCUCAUCUUCAAAAAGUGAAGAUGUUUGGCUAUGAUUUUGCAUACUUUUUAGUGAUUUCUUAUUGGGACUAUUCUCUGGUUUUUGUAAUUUCAACAUCCAAUUCAAUGUUGUAAUAGUAACUAAUGUGAGUUCAGUUGUGUUUGUGACA